UAAAAACCAUUCAGUACUUAUCCUCAUUAUCAUUUCAAGAACACACAAUAAUAAUAAGUGCGUAACUGAAAACAUUAAUUGAUCAGAGCUAAACCGGAUCUCAAAGAAAAAAAAAAUGGCCGAGGAAGUGAUUCUUCUUGAUUACUGGCCAAGCAUGUUCGGGAUGAGGACGAAGAUGGCUCUGGCUGAGAAAGGAGUGACUUAUGAGUACAAGGAGACAGAUCCAUGGGUUAAGACUCCUUUGCUCAUCGAGAUGAAUCCGAUUCACAAGAAGAUUCCGGUUCUCAUCCACAAGGGUAAACCGAUCUGUGAAUCUCUUAUCCAGCUCGAGUACAUCGACGAGGUUUGGUCCGAUUCUUACCCAAUGCUCCCCUCUGAUCCUUACCAGAAAGCUCAAGCUAGAUUCUGGGGAGAUUUCAUCGACAAAAAGUUUUACGACCCAUCAUGGAAGGUAUGGGGAACAAAGGGAGAAGAACAGGUUGCAGCCAAGAAAGAAUUGCUCGAACAUUUCAAGACACUUGAGACAGAGCUCGGAGACAAACCUUACUACGGUGGUGAAGUGUUCGGAUACGUAGACAUUGCAUUAAUGGGCUAUUACAGCUGGUUCAUAGCCAUGGAGAAAUUUGGUGAUUUCAGUAUCGAAACAGAGUUCCCGGUAUUGACUCAGUGGACCAAGAGGUGUUUAGCGAGAGAGAGUGUUGUCAAGGCACUGGCUGAUCCUGAUAAGAUUAUCGAGUAUGCUAAUAUCCUCAGGAAGAAGUUUGGAGCCGAGUAAGAUCUUUUUAUGUUGCCUAAAUUUGUCAUCUGAACCACAUACACACAAAAAGAUGGUUCGGUAUCAAGAAGACUCUGCUUUGUUCUGUUUUUAUCUGUGUUUUCUUCUGUUUGUUUUGUGUACUUUCUAAUAUUGUAAUACACAUUUUUUUUGUUUUGUUUUACGCUCAAUAUGAAUAUCCCGAAUUGUUUGUAAUCGAAUUUAGAAGACCGACUUGAAAAUCUGGAAAGAGUUUUACU